GCCGCCACUAACGCCCGUUUCCGCGCAGGUGAACGGGUGCUGUGCUUCCACGGGCCUCUCCUGUACGAAGCCAAGUGCGUGAAGGUGGCCAUCAAGGACAAGCAGGUGAAGUACUUCAUCCACUACAGCGGCUGGAAUAAGAACUGGGAUGAAUGGGUUCCAGAAAGCAGAGUCCUCAAAUACGUCGACACCAAUCUGCAGAAGCAGAAAGAACUUCAAAAGGCCAAUCAGGAACAGUAUGCGGAAGGAAAGAUGAGAGGGGCUGCUCCAGGCAAGAAAACGUCUGGACUCCAGCAGAAAAAUGUUGAAGUAUUUUUCAGACGAGAUGGAGCGCAUACAGUUUGCAGUUUGGAGACCCCUGCAAUAUCGACGCGGAAAACCAAAAAGAACAAACAGAAAACUCCAGGAGUUGGCGAAGGAAGCAGUUCCAAUGAAAACCCUCAGCCUCCCAGGAAGAAAAGAGCUCGAGUGGAUCCUACAGUUGAAAGUGAAGAAACGUUUAUGAACAGAGUCGAAGUAAAGGUAAAAAUACCAGAAGAGCUGAAACCAUGGCUUGUAGAUGACUGGGAUUUGAUUACCCGCCAAAAGCAGCUCUUCUACCUUCCUGCCAAGAAGAACGUUGAUUCCAUUUUAGAGGACUAUGCAAACUACAAGAAGUCCCGAGGAAACACGGAUAACAAAGAAUAUGCUGUUAAUGAAGUUGUGGCAGGCAUCAAAGAAUACUUCAACGUCAUGCUGGGGACCCAACUGUUGUAUAAAUUUGAGCGGCCGCAGUAUGCAGAAAUCUUAGCGGAUCAUCCUGAUGCACCAAUGUCCCAGGUCUAUGGAGCACCACACCUCCUCCGGUUGUUCGUCAGGAUUGGAGCAAUGCUUGCUUACACGCCUCUUGACGAGAAGAGCUUGGCCUUGCUGUUGAACUAUUUGCACGACUUCCUAAAGUAUUUAGCAAAGAAUUCCUCGGCAUUGUUCAGCGCAAGCGACUACGAGGUUGCACCUCCAGAAUAUCACCGGAAGGCUGUGUGAGCUGCUUGGUAUAACAGUGCACAGGAGACGGCACGUUACUGGAAGAGAUCCUCUGAUCUCUGCAGCUGUCCCAUCCAGUUCCACAUUUGUCCACGGUCCCUUUCUUGCACAUGUGUUUCUGCACAAAUGCAGAAGUAUCGGGUGAAUAGUGUUUGUGUCUUCAGGUGGAGCUGCCACCGUCCACGUCCCAAGGGUUUUUCUUCAGGUCUGGAGGAAGAGAGGCUCCUGGAACGCUUCGUUGCGUCGGGUUGAUGUUGGGAUGUCGAUGGAAACGCACUGUUGUUUCAUAGCCUGAACUCCUGCAUGCUUCUUGGUCCGUUUUCCUUGAAACAAAGCCUUACCUGCUGCUGAUGGUUUGGUACCGUGUUGUCGUCCUUUCCCACAAACAAACUCUUGCUGCCAGUAUUGGGGGGGAAGGGAGAUCAAGCACAGAUACGGGAUGGGUGGGGGGGGUCCUUGUGUGCUUUCUUGGUGUUGGGAGGGUAAAAUGUUGUGAACAACGUCUGUGUUCUUUGCAUAGCUGAAGCAUUGUGGGAUUAGUACUGGGGAGGGUUGAAUGUACCUUCUAGCAUAGGAGGAAUUUACCAUUGGCCCCCCAGGUAUGAUGAUACGGUGUUCUCUGGAGGAGAUAGGUACAAGUCUCCAAAUAAAAUUUUCUACUUCA